AUGAACAACCCACCCGAGACCGUAACAAAGGGUGGCGUCUACAACGUCGCCGGCCGCGGCUACCCCGAUGUCUCCGCCGCUGGUGACAACGUUGUUGUCUUCGUCGACGGACUUCCCGAACUGAUCGGUGGCACAUCCGCCUCGGCCCCUGUCUUCGCCUCAGUCCUCAACCACAUCAACGAGGAGCGCCUCGCAGUGGGGAAGAAGACGGUUAGCUUUGUGAAUCCUACUCUUUAUGCUCAUCCUGAGGUCUUUCUUGAUAUCACUGUGGGCAACAACUCUGGCUGUGGGACGCGGGGAUUCUAUGCUGCUAGUGGGUGGAAUCCUGUAACGGGAUUGAGAACGCCGAACUACUCGAAGAUGCUGGAUUUGUAUAUGGGUUUGCCAUAG